AUGUCAGACAAUAACAUGCACAGACUGCACACCAACGACCUUGAGUUGGGUGCAACAGAGGCUAUACAAAGACAUUACGAACGCCAUGUUGUCUCAACCAAGCCUGUAUCUCAACGCAAGCUUGACUAUGAGCGAGCACGACCAAGAUGGCUUCGUGAGAUGUUAGCCGAAGCCACUGGUGUCUUCUUUUAUGUUUACCCUGGUAUUGCUGCGACAGCUUCCUUCAUACUUAACAAAGAGGACGCUGCCUUUGGAAGUCUGCUUCAGGUUGGCUUUGCGUUCGGCUUUGGUAUUGCCUUUGCUAUCAUUACUUGUGCUUCAACAUCAGGAGGUCACUUCAAUCCUGCCAUGACGAUAUGCUUCGCUACUUGGCAAGGCUUCCCCUGGAAGAAGGUCCCGUACUACAUCCUCUCUCAAAUCUUUGGUGCUUUCAUGGCCGGUCUCUUUGUCUAUGGUCAAUACCACGAACAGAUCUCCGCGUUCGCAGCAGCGACCAAAGCUGCCGGCGAAGGAACUGUGUUCAAUGGUGGGCCAGCGAGCAUCUUCUGUUCUUUCCCAGGAGCCACUCAGACCAACCUCGGCUAUCUGUUCUUCAUUGAGUUCUUCGUCGAUUCAUAUAUUGGUCUUGUCAUCUGGGCUUGUCUCGACCCUGCCAAUCCCUUUGUAUCACCUCAGGUAGCUCCCUGGGCUAUCGGUCUGGUCUACAGUGUUAUGGUCUGGGGAUUCGCGGACAUCACGAUCAGUACCAACUUGGCUCGUGACCUGGGCACUCGUAUUGUCGCUGCCAUCUUCUUCGGCGGAGAGGCCUUCUCCUACCACAACUACUCAUGGAUUGCCAUUCUUGUUAACGUCCCUGCUACGUUAUUUGCAACAGCAUACUAUGAAAUGCUGAUUCGCGACAGCUUGCAGAAGAUUGGCAAGGGAGCCGCUUUCCAUGAAAAUGGCGAGGAAGGAUUGAACUUGCAUCUCGUCAAGAGCAACAUCAGUAGGCAGUCCCCCAUGAGCCCCAACAUGCAAAAGGUGUUCAGUCUGGGAUCCAACGGAUCGACAUUGAACUCUAACUCGAAAAUGGAGACUGGGUUCUCGCUCGCGGCUGAAACAGGCAGCAACCAUGUCUGA